GGGGGACAUAAUCACGCGUCUUCCGACAAGACUUCUCUUUCCUCCCAACAUCAGCAGCACCCUCCCCUUCCCUCCACCCCUAAGGCCAACCCAAAGCUAGAGUGGGUGGGAUGGGUGGCUUUCUCUUGGGCAUCCGGUGUGAUACCAAUCCUGCCCUCCUGUGCUUCUGGCUCAACUCCGCUGGAGCGGGCGUGGCAGGAUGCGAAGUGGGAGCGAGGAGUUGGGGUUCCGCCCAGGGCGGCCUGGGAAGCAGAGUGGCCGCGGGGAUGAGGAGCCGCAAGAGCCGGGCCGGCCUGACACCACCUGGCGGAGUCUCGGGGAAGAGUCUUAAAGGCCGCGCUCCUCGGCGCCCAGCGCACUCCAGCAGGAGCCGCCGAGAGCUUGCCUCCUUCUCCCACCGGGCGCCUCCGGAGGCGCCUUCUGCGGCGGGCAGACGACUCCUCGGCGCGGCGGGGCCGGGGCAAGCUGGACGCAGCAUGAUGCACGCAGUGUGGGAGGCGCUGGCAGCGCUGGCGGCGGUGGCUUGCCUGGUGGGCGCGGUGCGCGGCGGGCCGGGGCUCAGCAUGUUCGCGGGCCAGGCGGCGCAGCCGGACCCCUGCUCGGAUGAGAACGGCCAUCCCCGCCGCUGCAUCCCGGACUUUGUCAACGCGGCCUUCGGCAAGGACGUGCGCGUGUCCAGCACCUGCGGCCGGCCGCCGGCGCGCUACUGCGUGGUGAGCGAGCGGGGCGAGGAGCGGCUGCGCUCCUGCCACCUCUGCAACGCUUCCGACCCCAAGAAGGCGCACCCGCCUGCCUUCCUCACCGAUCUCAACAACCCGCACAACCUGACGUGCUGGCAGUCCGAGAACUACCUGCAGUUUCCGCACAAUGUCACGCUCACGCUGUCGCUGGGCAAGAAGUUCGAGGUGACUUACGUGAGCCUGCAGUUCUGCUCUCCAAGGCCCGAGUCCAUGGCCAUCUACAAGUCUAUGGACUACGGGCGCACGUGGGUGCCCUUCCAGUUCUACUCCACGCAGUGCCGCAAGAUGUACAACCGGCCGCACCGAGCGCCCAUCACCAAGCAGAACGAGCAGGAGGCGGUGUGCACGGACUCGCACACGGACAUGCGCCCGCUCUCGGGCGGCCUCAUCGCGUUCAGCACGCUGGACGGGCGGCCCUCGGCGCACGACUUCGACAACUCGCCGGUGCUGCAGGACUGGGUCACGGCCACCGACAUCCGCGUGGCCUUCAGCCGCCUGCACACCUUCGGCGACGAGAAUGAGGACGACUCGGAGCUGGCGCGCGACUCGUACUUUUAUGCGGUGUCCGACCUGCAGGUGGGUGGCCGCUGCAAGUGCAACGGACACGCGGCCCGCUGCGUGCGCGACCGCGAUGACAGCCUGGUGUGCGACUGCAGGCACAACACGGCGGGUCCCGAGUGCGACCGCUGCAAACCCUUUCACUACGACCGGCCCUGGCAGCGCGCCACCGCCCGCGAGGCCAACGAGUGCGUGGCCUGCAGCUGCAACCUGCAUGCCCGGCGCUGCCGCUUCAACAUGGAGCUCUACAAGCUGUCAGGUCGCAAGAGCGGGGGCGUCUGCCUCAAUUGCCGCCACAACACGGCCGGCCGCCACUGUCACUACUGCAAGGAGGGCUACUACCGCGACAUGGGCAAGCCCAUCACCCACCGGAAGGCCUGCAAAGCCUGUGAUUGCCACCCCGUGGGCGCUGCUGGCAAAACCUGCAACCAGACCACUGGCCAGUGUCCCUGCAAGGAUGGCGUGACCGGCAUCACCUGCAACCGCUGCGCCAAAGGCUACCAGCAGAGCCGCUCUCCCAUCGCCCCCUGCAUAAAGAUCCCCGUGGCACCGCCGACCACGGCAGCCAGCAGCGUGGAGGAGCCCGAAGACUGUGAUUCCUACUGCAAGGCCUCCAAAGGGAAGCUGAAGAUUAACAUGAAAAAGUACUGCAAGAAGGACUAUGCGGUCCAGAUCCACAUCCUGAAGGCAGAUAAGGCGGGGGACUGGUGGAAGUUCACGGUGAACAUCAUCUCGGUGUACAAGCAGGGCACGAGCCGCAUUCGGCGGGGUGACCAGAGCCUGUGGAUCCGCUCACGGGACAUUGCUUGCAAGUGCCCCAAAAUCAAGCCCCUCAAGAAGUACCUGCUGCUGGGCAACGCAGAGGACUCGCCGGACCAAAGUGGCAUCGUGGCAGACAAGAGCAGCCUGGUGAUCCAGUGGCGGGACACGUGGGCGCGGCGGCUGCGCAAGUUCCAGCAGCGGGAGAAGAAGGGCAAGUGCAAGAAGGCCUAGCGCGGAGGCAGCGGCGCGCCAGGCGGGCGGACGGGGCGCGGGGCCUGCCGAGAGGGAGAAGGCUCGGCGCGCCCCACAGCGACUUGGACUUGGCCCGCGAGGGCUUUCCCAGGUGGGGGGAGGGUGUGGGCGGGGCCACGGCCGGCACGGGGGCGGGGCUCGCAGCCGCCUCUCUCCUGGGGGGGCCCUGCCCCUCACCCCACUCUGCGCGCCUCCCGCAGGAGCCGCGCCCACGCGUGGGGAGGGGUGCGCAGCAGGCCAGGCCCUGGAGAAAUGAGGACGAGACUUAGCUACCUCACGGGCUCCUUCCAGAGCAGGGACGCGCUUCCCUAAGGGCCAGGCAGGGUCGCUGUGGCGGGGGCGGGGCAGACCUGGGCUCCAGGGACUGGCGCAGAACAGCGCAGGUGGGGCCGCACCUACGGCCUGUUUGUGGUUAGGGAGAAGGGCACGUGAGGAGGAGAACUGUGAAUUCUCAGGCCCUUACUUGGGCCGGGGGCUGAGCGAGUCCAGCCGAACUACCACACCAAACAUAAAAGACCGAAAAUCCCCUCCUUCCCCUCCCCCUGACCCUUUUUUGCUACAGGACCCCCUGGUUGGGACAACUUGAGCCCCAUCUGAAGGAUCUAGGCAUGCAACUGGGGGCAGCGGAAGCGGCCUGUACCACCAGGAUCCUCCACACAGGCUGCCGGUCUCCUCUGUCACCUGCUGAAUGGGUUAUCCUGGGUGGGGACAGGGGUUCACAAUGUUCCAGUCAGAGAAGCAGAAGCGCCUGCGGGUGCCCGCCCCCCGCCCAGCUGGGGUUUGGGUGCAGGCCCAGGAUUCUGGCCCAGGCAGAGGGCCGCAGACCCAAAGACACCCCUGAGAAGCUCAAGCCGGGUGGUCACUGCCUAGACUGGAGCUGCCUCUUGGAGGAGGCAUCGGGAAGGCAAAACCUCCCAGAGAGUUUCCUUUUUGGAAACUUGGAACCAGCCCCUUUAUGACAUUUUCCAGGGGAGGGGGAAGGGGCACUGGCUGGGUUUAUGGCAGUGACACUAUUUGUGUAAUGACAUCAGCUCCCACAAGGCCCCUCAAUAGUGUCAACAGCUGGGAAGGGCCUGGAUGGGCAUGGAAUGCAGGCCGCAGGGCGGUUAGGCCCGGCUGGGGGAGGGGGCUGCUGGGGUGGGCCUGCUGGCUCAGCAAGGUGAGGGCCCACACCAUGGGCAGGCAGGGCCAGGAAGGACCAGGUUCCUGGGUACCAAGGAAACCACGGCCAUUUCCUGUCGCUCCCCAAAGGGAGGGAGAGAAAGUCUGCUGGAGCUGCCCCCACUCCGGGGCUGCCCUCGGCAGCCGUCUUGGUUUAGCACGGGUGGCGCCUCUCCUACACCUUUCCGGCUGUCCCCUUAGUGAGGCCUCCCAGGCCCUCAGGUGUGGCCAGACACCAGUCCAAAGCUCUCCAGAGAUCCUGUCUUCAAGCAGGCACCCCAGACCUUGGGUCUGACCGCCUGGCCCUGGGCCUGUGCCUCCCUGUCUCCUGCGCUCUCCCCACUGCCUGGCGGCCACGCCUGGCACACUCAGUCAGAAGCCCGGCUCCCUUCUUGGGCAGGAAGUUGGUUUCACUUUCACUGGAGUGUGCCGGCUCAGAAGGGUCACACUAAGUCUGAAGGGUGCCCCUGUGGUCUGGCUGCCCUCUGCCCCCUCUGCCGCAGGCCCCGUCCUGGCUGCCCUUUGAUGCCUGGCACUUUACCCACGAGACCUGUUAUUCUCAUGACAACCCUGUGAGGCAGGGGUGCUCACCCCCACUUUCACCAGCGAGGAAGCUGAAGCACAUGUACCCAAGGUCACCAGGCAAAUAAGCGGCACAACUGGAUUCACACUCCAGAGCCAGGCUUUGUGGCCACGGGCUGUGCUGCCCCCUCCUUGGUCACUGCACACUAGCUUUGCUCCUGGGGGUCACCACUGAGACACUGCCCCUGGCCCGGAGGAUGGAAGUACGUGGGGGAGGGACGGGCACAAGAACAUCUUCAGAGGUGCAGCAAGAGUGGUGGGCGAGGCUGGUUGUGAACUCACCACGGGGCAACUCCUGGAAGUCCCAGGAUUUGGAAGGCAGGCCUUGGCUGAUGUGAGAUGCAGUGGAAAGGGCAUCUGGCUGCUUGGGGUGUUUGGAGGAAUUCCAGAAGAGACUGGCACAGAUGCCCACGGGGCAGGGAGAGGACAGAACGGCCCUGGGAAGGGAUGUCUGUGUUCCCUGAGUCCAAGCCCGGGGCCGGGAGCACAGGGACCUCUCCUGGUGGCCAGGCCUCCUUGGACGCUGUAGCCUUUCGCAGGCCCACGGUCCUGUAAAGGCACUCCCUGUUGGGCCCCUUCCUGCUCCUCCUUCCCCCAGCCUGGCUGCUUGGCCCUGCCCAGAAGAGCCGUGGCAGCCCUGCGGCCUCCCACCCGGUGUCUGAGUCACCCCAGACCCAUGAAGGGCGGGCACUGGUGGUCUCCGAGGCCCCUCAGUAGCCUGCCAAGCCAUAAUGUAUCUUGCUUUAAAUUCAGCCAGCCUCCAGCCUCACCCUCCUGUCCUGCACCCCGAGGGCAAAGGCCUUCUGGUCCACCCGGUGGUCUGGCCCUGGCCGGGUCAGCCAGGUGGAGGCCGUGAGGACACCGUUGGGAUGUGAGCCCUCCCAGGGCUCACCUCGCUGCCCAGCCGGAGCUGGUCCACCACUCCCGAGGCCAGCCACCAACUUCUGCAGUGAGGACCCCUCCUUGGGAGCACCCUCUUCCACCCCAGCCCCAUUCCAGGGUGCAGACAGAACUAGGAGUUGAGGUGUGCUAAUUUGUACAGUUAGGAAGGGAUGUAAAAUGGAACUAGAUUUUGAUUUUGAAGAGUGUAUUAACCAGAAUUGUGAUAUGUAGGUGUUUGGGAAAAAAACAUACCAGAUUAGUCUUUUUUUUAAACAAGCAGAUUCCCCAGUUUUCCCUUUUCUCACCUGCUGGGUGGUCUGGAGCUCCUGACAGCAGAGUCCCUGCUUUACUGACACACAGUGCAGCUAACAGUGGGGUAGGGAGAAAGGAGGGGACGUGGGGCCGCCCCCGUGCUCGCCAGACGGCGGUGGCCGUUGUCCUGAGGAAGCAGGGCAGGAGGCCGCAUCCUCAGGUCCUGGGACAUGGCAGGGAGGGACACCUCCGGUCCAACCGGGGCGGCUUCUGAGCUGCCCCCAGGCCAUUAGUGACCUCCUGCAAUUCUGCCUCCAAAGUCGUGUGCAGGAAAUGGGUCCAGCCCUUACUGGGUCUGCCCCAGGUUGGAAUGAGACCGAAAUCAAGGACACUCUGAGGGAUCAAGAAAUGGCCCCUCCAGGAAACCGAAAAGUGUCGGGGUCUCCAUGGUCAAAGGAAGCCCUGCUUCAAGAGAGAGACAGAGUGGCCAAGCCAGGCUCGCUGGCGGGGCUCCUGGGCCGAGGUUGUGGCCGCAGCCACGCCAUCCCCUAGGGGUAUCGACAUGUGUGCUCUGGGGUCCCGCCCUUUGCCCAAACCAAGCUGCCCACUCGGGUGCCUCGGCCCUGCCUUCCCACCCCUGCUCCCCAGUGCACGGCCCACCUCCCCGUCCCCUCCUGGGUCUUGUUCGGGGUUCUGUUCACUCGGAAUGGUAAAUGUUUAGUUGUGACCAUGACAUGCUGUUUGGGUCAGUGUCCCUUCCAAUGCGUACUAAUAUAUUAUGGUUAUUAUAUAUGAAUAUAUUUAAUGACAUGAAAAAAGUUGUGCAUUUUUUUAAGUUUUUUUGUUAGAGUUGUAAUGGUCCCCAGAUGUGGGCCCCACAUGAUAGAACUAAAUUCAAAUAUCAAUUAAAUAAACUCUUGUACACUGUUCG